AUGAGCUAUAUCACUGAUGCAGAUGCCAACGCUGAUGUUGCUGCUGGCGAAAAACCUAAAACAAACUCCGGUCCCCAUGCCGACGACCUGCCUCGAGCCUCGGCGCCAGCAUCAGUUGUCCUCGUCAUCCGAGGCCGCAUCGGUGUCUACAACGUACCGCCCGCGGUACCCAUCCACCUCUCGGGAUUUGCGCUCUUUUGUCUCGGGUUGGGGCUCUUCUCCCGCCUGGACGAGAACAUCCCUACGGGCGUAUGGGUGGGCUACAUGUUCACAGGCCCUUUUGGAGGCGGCCUGCUCCUCAACACGCAGCUCCCCGCGUUUCAGGCACCCGUGUCCGAGGCGGACCAGGCUCUGGCGACAGGCUGCUGGAACUUUUUGCGUACUCUGGGGGGCGUCUGGGGCGUCGCCAUCCCAGCGGCCAUCUUUGCCAACCGUGUCGACGGGCUUGUCGCUGCAGGCCGGGUCUCGAACCCCGAAGCCGCGGCGAUGCUCCUCGGCGGCGGCGCGUACGAGCACGCGUCAGCGGCCUUUGUGCGUGCGUUUCCGUCGCUGAUUGACCAGGCUGAGAUCAUUGCUGUUUACCGCCUGGCCAUCCAGAGGGUCUUCCUCGUGCGCAUUGCCUUCACCAGCUUCGCAUUCGUGAUAUGUCUGUUCGAGAAGAACAUCCCUCUGCGGACGGAGCUGGUGACCGAGUACGGGCUGAACGAGGACGACAAAUGA